AAAAUAAUAAUUUGGAUAUUUGUAUAUAUCAGUACUGGUAUAUAUACCUUUGGUUUUUCAUGCAAGACUUGGCAAAGACGAGCACUAUAUCUAGAAGACGUGGAAAAUAGAGAGAAGCAGAAACCAAAAAGAAUAUUAAAAAGAACAAAUUGUUGUUCUUUGUCCAAAAUGGUGACUAUGAAACUUGAGAUUUGCAUCGAGUUGGUGAAACUAACCGUAGAUUUCGUCGCUGCCGUGGCAGAAUCAAUCGAAGUAGCUUUCCGUAACCGUCCUCCGCCGCCUAUUCCACAUUUAGCGGUGAGGAACGGCCGUCGGAGUAAUCACUCCGCCAUCCCCAUUCCUCUAGUGGGAUUUCUGUAAUUAAUGUAUUCGUCUUUUAUGGUUCACAUUAUUUUUCUUGUUCCUCUUGUUCUGUUAUUACUGUCUUGCCUUUAUUUGUCACGUGGUGCUUCGGACAAAAGUGAUUCGUAUGGAAUAUCAAGAACGAAAUGAUCAUGAAUUAUUUUUUUGUCAA